AUUACGAAUAUGUGUAGCAUGAAGCGCUUUAUCGAACCGAAUGAUGUGUCGUUCAGCAUGUUGGGGGCUGUCAAUCAAACAGCGAAAGAAACAAGCUUCAGGGAUCUGGAGAACUCAUCAACGAGUAUUGCUAACGAAAGUGACUUUUUUGUACCAGAUGAAGAGUUUAUAUUCGACAGAACAGAUGUGAGAGCAAUAUUCAUCACAUUAUACACGAUUGUGUUCUGUUGUUGUUUUUUUGGUAAUCUUCUUGUUAUUCUCGUGGUGACACUUUCAAGGCGCUUGAGGUCUAUAACUAACUUCUUCUUAGCAAAUUUAGCAGUCGCGGACUUAUGUGUGGGUGUUUUUUGCGUCUUCCAAAAUUUAACCAUAUAUCUGAUACCCAGUUGGGUUUUUGGCGACUUCUUGUGCAAAAUGUAUCAGUUUGUGCAUUCACUGAGUUACACGGCUUCAAUAUUUAUCCUCGUGGUAAUAUGCACGGAAAGAUACUUCGCUAUUAUUCAUCCAAUCACGUGUAAGCAGAUACUAACAUCGACAAGACUUAGGUUGGUGAUUCUUGGUGUUUGGAUAACAAGCGCUGCGUAUAGUGCUCCGAAAUUUAUUUGGGUAGAAACGAUUACAAAUGAUCUUGGAGACGGCCACUUGGAAACUAUAUGCAUCCAGCAUCGUAUGAAAUAUAACUCGGAAAUAUUUGACAUGGUCAACUUCGGUCUUUUAUAUGUUACACCUCUUUGCGUUAUGACGGUUCUAUACACGAGGAUUGCGGUAGGUCUAUGGCAAAGUUCAAACGGUCUGAGGCACAUGGGACACGCACAAUGUUGUGCCACACAGUGCCCCAGAAUAGAGAAGCCGACUUCAGGGGGUUAUGAACCUCAACGUACUUUUGUAGGAACCACUGAAACAAAGGGUAUCUCAAGCCCGAAAGCGGUGAAAAAGAAGAAAUCCACCCACGAGGGUCGCAGCUGUCAUCACCUCAGCCAUUUGUCACGCAACGUGCUACGCGCGCGACGCGGCGUAGUGCGGAUGCUGAUUGUCGUGGUGCUCACUUUCGCGAUCUGCAACUUGCCCUUCCAUGCACGUAAAAUGUGGCAAUAUUGGUCUACCGGAUACGAAGGGACGAGUGAUUUCAGUGCGCUCUUAACGCCUCUAACAUUUCUCAUAACAUACUUUAAUUCCGGAAUCAACCCUUUGCUAUACGCAUUCCUGUCUAAGAAUUUCAGAAAGGGCAUGAGGGAAUUACUUUUCUGUAAUUUUCACGGAAAGAGGAAGAAUGAAAAUUUAAUUUUAUUAAACCGUGUCGGCGGCACCGGCUUGCGACGGAGCUCGACGCGCUCCACCCGCGCCAACUGCAGCACGGUCACCAUAGCGCCCAACGGGGAAUCAUGAGGGUUGUAUCGCAGGAGGUUUCUGUAUCGGAUGGAGAAUGCAGAUGUUUCCUGAUUAACGUCGAGCACCGAUGAGGUGACCGAUAGCAGCGGACUGUACACGAUAUCCACUAUAUCGAAAAAAGACCUGUAUGAUUGAGUGUUGUGAAUAUUUGCGUAGUUUCGCUGCUUUACAUUUUAUUGACUCUCUGAACUUAGUGAUCUCAAGAGCUUACCAAAUAAAGUGAAUAAUGUGAUUGAAAUCGUUUAGAUUAAAUAUG